UACAUUCAAACAAAAAAAACAACAAAAAACAAUCAGCACAUUGUGAUGGCUACACCACAUCACAUAAUUUGCUCCCGGUGUGCUCCAAAUCAGAAACAACUUCACUCAAAAGAAAACUGGAAAAACAUCUACCUGAAAAUAACCGAUUAGAAUGAACGUCGAACGAAAACACCGCAUGUGCACCCACGAUGAACCGCCUCAAUCCAAACUAAAAGGAAAAGAAACAGGUAAGUUGAUAACUGUGCAUGUUUGUAUAUAUUUGCUAACACGGACUCUUUACUUGACUCUCAGAUCGUGACGGCUCCUCCGUCACACCACCCCUGUCCUCUCCAAGAUUGACAAAAUUCGGCAACCUAGAAAGAAAGUCUGCCACUUUAAGUCUGCCACUCCUAUGACAGAUGUUAAGUUUGUAAGAUUGCAAGCACAAAUAGCACCUAGUCAGACGAUGGUUACUGUCCUUCAUGGUGUUGAUCCAGGGUAGGGCACGAUGGUCUGUCUCCAAAUCAAAUUCUCGGCCCAGCAGAUAAUACUUGACACUUUCCAGAGCCCACUUAAUGGCCAGGCCUUCUUUUUUCACCACAGAAUACCUCACCUCCCGAGGUAGCAGCUUGCGACUCAGGUAGAGUAUGGAUUGCUCCUCUCCAGGAUCUCCUUGAGCCAGGACAGCUCCGAGACCAACUGUGGAUGCAUCUACAUGGACCAGAAAUUUCCUACUAAAAUCAGGACUUCGGAGGACAGGAGAUGAACAUAGAUGAGCUUUCAGAGUGUUAAAAGAAGCUUCACACUCCUUGGUCCACACAAGGACCAAGGAGUCCUUCUGAUUUUUAGCUGUCAAACUGGUGAGUGGAGAAGCAAGUGUAGCAAAAUGAGGCACAAACCUUCGAUACCAACCAGCUAGUCCCAGGAAUGACCGCACUUCCUUUUUGGUUCGAGGACGAGGGCAUUUUUGGAUUGCUUCCACUUUGUCCAUCUGUGGUCGCACCUCCCCUCUCCCUAGCUGGUAACCCAGGUAUCUGGUCUCCUGUUGUGCCCAACACACUUUGAUAUGUUAAGUGUCAGUUCUGCUUCUCCAAUCUUUUCCAACACUCUUGCUAGACGUGCAACAUGCUCCUCCCAGCUAUUGCUGUAGAUGAUUACAUCAUCGAGGUAAGCAGCGCUGCAGUCUUCACUUCCUCGCAGUACUUUGUCCAUUAGCCGCUGGAAGGUGGCUGGAGCACCAUGCAGGCCGAAUGGCAUAACAGUAAACUGAAACAGACCAGAAGGGGUACGAAAUGCUGUUUACUGUCUGCUUGACGGCUCCAAUGGAACCUGAAAGUACCCUUUGCACAGGUCAAGGGUGGUAAUGAAUUUUGCUUUUCCAAUCCUUUCCAGCAGCUCAUUCACCCUGGGCAUGGGAUAGGCAUCAAACUCUGAAACUGCAUUAAGCUUUCUGAAGUCAAUGCAAAUCCGCAGUGAGCCAUCUUUCUUACAGACAAUGACCACUGGACUGCACCAUUCAGAGUUUGAAGGUUCAAUAAUACCUGACAUUAGCAUGGCCUCAACUUCAUCUCGCAGGUGUCACACCAACUGCUGUGGAACACCGCGUGUGCACCCACGAUGAACCGCCUCAAUCCAAACCUAAAGGAAAAGAAACAGGUGUUGAAAUGGUUUAUCACCAUUCAGUGAUUUGGAGGCGACCGAUGUCCUUCUCCAACCCCUCACUGUCGGAUCCUUCCUUCCGAAGAAACACUGGAGUCCUCGUUGCUUCCUAAACUGUAUGGCUCAAAAAAUAUGGUUGCCGUUCUUCAGUAGAACCAGCUCUCUCUUCUUCACCACUCCAUCUAGCUUCUUCCUUCUUCCGUGGAAUUCUUCAAUUUGAACUAUGGAAGACUUCACACUAUCGCUGGAUCCAAACAAAAAUUCAUCAGGUGGGGAGGAAGAAAAAGAUGAGAGAAAAGAUUUAGUCUGCAAAGAUUUCGGAGAAGUAAAUGAUGGGCCCUUCUUCCAUAAUACUGACGAAUCUAUCACAAAGGACAAUGGAAGUGUGAUUAAAAAGGAUGACCAAACUGUCCAAGGCCGUUGUAAAAUUCAGCAGCGGGCUGUUUUCUCUGGAAAAAUUCUUAGUUUUGGAUGCUCAUUGUGUAAAGACAAUUUAACAUUUAGCCCCAAUGAUCUCCUUAAACAUUUCCGAGCAGUUCAUAAAGGAUCCCUUCCUACCUACCCUUGUGACUUGUGUGACUUUGUCACAAAUGAGUUUCCUGCACUUCAACGCCACCGAAUUGAGCACAGGAAUACUCUGGUUGCAUGUGAGCUCUGCAAUGACAAUGUUCAGUAUUCCCUGCUUUUGCUUACCAGACACUACAUGAUGUGUCAUAGUAUAAACGGAGAGUUUAAAUGUGACUGGUGCGAGUUUACUACUGUUGAUGCAGGAACAUUUGUUCAGCACAUUCAUCACCAUAAUGAGAGUCAUUGGAAGUGUUCUAAAUGUAUACAUAUUAGCUUAAAUGAAGAUGAUCAUCAUAAUCAUAUGAAAGCUCACUCUGGUACCUUUAUUUUCACUUGUCCAAUUUGUGGAUUUGGCACAACAGAAAGUGAGCAGCUUAAAAAGCACACAGCAGCUGUUCACAAAGAGGAGGCACAGCGAAAGAGUGCUCUAAAAGUUGCUGAAGACUGUGGUUCACCAACAAAUUCUUCUACAAAUACAAAACUGCAUAAAAAGAUUGCCGUUUCACAGGAAACACAAGGGAUAUCAAAAUUGAACUCUCCCCCUAAAGCCGCAGCAAGUGAAAAUGGCAGAGUAACCAAACAAGAAUUUCCCUUGGAGGAGGUCCACCACUUUACUGAUGGGACUCUAGGAAAAAAGGACAGCAGAAGUCGGAAAUUUCAUAAUGCAGAACACUCAACUUCAGUCAUGUUACAGGAAUGUGAAAAUGCAAAUAAUUCUGACACUGGAAGUCAUCCCAGUGCCAAUGGGCUUACUGUACUGAUGGUGAAGAACAAAAUCUCUCUUCCCCCUAAUUGUACAACUAAAGUGAUGGGAUUCAAACUAGUUGAUGGCAAAAAGCAUUUGGUUCUCAAAGUAAUACCAACAGCAAAGCAAAAUGUGUCUUCUCAGAGUCAUUUAUUAAUGGAUGGUGUAGGUCCGUUGGUAUCAAAUCCUGUGAUAUCAAAACCAAUGGACUCCUUUGAGACUGAGCAGUACUCUGAAUGCAAGGGCUCCACAUCAAAAUGUUUAGCUAUUUCACCAAGAAACGGAUCUUUGCUUCAAAUGGAUCGUGAUGAUAUUAUGGCAGUAAAAGUGAAGAUUGAGGAAGAGGAAACCUCUGUUUGUCAUCUUAAUUCUACUCUGUACUCUGAUAGUGAACAAAUAAAUCCCUCACAAAACCGGUUUUCCUCAGUGGCCGAUGAAGGUUGCCACAGCUGUGAGUCUGUGUGUACUGACAAAGGCAAGGUAGCAGUGUCUGGGAAUUCAGAUGCUGCAAAUUUAAAAUGUGAUGGAGCUACCUUUGGAUCUGAAAUGAGUAAUACUAAAAUGGAAUGUGAGGAUAUUAGUACUUCUCCUUUAAAUGCUGUCCAGAAAACGUUGCUUUCCAAAACAGUCUGCAGAGAAAUUGUAAAGAACAGCAGAACCACAGAAGAAUCCAUUCUAACCAAUGAUUUUGGCAGAUUAUGCAAAGAAAAUAAAGACAACUUUGCUAACAACACCUUGUCCAAUGACUCCCCUCACCAGAUUUCUCUGGAAAACAGAGAUGGCACACACGUGGAAAAUGGAAGUAAAAUUUGUCAACAAAUGGUAAAACACAUAGAAUCUUCGUCUCAAUUGCCUCAACCCUUUUCUGUUAGGAGCACAGUGGAAGGCCUGGGCACAGAAAACAAUAAACCAAAAACGUUGAACAAGGAGGUGUUUACUUUUCACAACUAUUCAAAGGAAAUGUUUAGCUCCUCACGAGUACAGAGCAAUUCCCAAAAUUUGCUCUGUACUGGUGAAUAUUCUGAACCCACAAAAAAUGCCUGGGAUCCAUCACAGUUUAGUGUGAGAUUAACAGAGUCUCCAGAACACACUACAGGAAAUACAGAUGGGGAUGGGGAGGUUGAUGAGUGCAUAGCUAGUGAAAAUGGAGAUUCAGUUCUUCAAGACUUUAAUAUCAUCAAAAUUGAGGAAGAUGGGAUCCCCAUAUCCACAAAACAGCCAGAAACAAAAACUAAUUUACAUUCUAUAGAAAGUUUCGUCAAAGAACAUUCAAAUGCUAUCAUUACUCGACAGCUUAACAAGGAAAGAACAGGACUUUCACAUGCAAGAAAUGUCUUUUUAAAGCAAGCUAAAAAACCUCUUCAAAUUCUUCAGUUGCCUGGUAGAAAGCAACCUGUACUCGUGAGAGCAACCAACAUCCAAUCAACCAAGAAUAAAUUUGCCAUGCCAGUGCAAGUCAAAGCCACUCCAGGUUUUGAACUAACUAGUUCUCCAAAUCCUCACGUCAGUUUAUCUUGCAUGAAACAACAGUUUACUAACUUGAGUAACACUACUGGUGUAAUGCUUACUCCAAAAGCCAACAUUGUAGGUAUAUCAGCAGGAAAUCUACAAGCCACAGAAAAGGGGACUGUUCUUGCUGCUGUUCGUUCAGGGGGUAGCACCUCUUCAAAUCACUACUUUAUCAACAGUUCAGGUUUCAAGAGACCUGUUCUUCUUUCAAGAACACUGCAUAGUCCAUCAACAAAUACAUCACCAAAGGCACAACCAACAUGCUACUUUGUGCAAAGGUCUAUCCCAUCUGCUCAUAACCCCAGUAAAGCCAGCUUCAAAUUGCCAGGUCCUCAACUCUCAGUCAACUCACAACCAGUUCUGGCAGGAACUUUUCCAGAAAAAUCCAGCACUCCACAAACGGGUCGUCAGGCGUACUUGCUUCGAUACAUUUCUCCUUCUAGAUCAAGCCUUUUUGGAAAUAAGCAAGAGGCAAAGAACAGAACUAUUUUGAGCCAGAGCAGUGAAUGUCCAGGGAAUAAAGUUAUAUUUAAAAUAGUGUCGCCCACUGCUAAUCUCAAUACUACUAUAGCUCCCACAUUAAGCAGGCAACCUUUGCUUUUGGCCAGCAGACCUCAAGGGCAGUGCUUCCUAGUAUCUGGAAACAAAACCUGCCCAACAUCUCAAUUGAUCAGUGUACAAAAUAAUGGACAUGAACAUCCAAAAGAGCCUAGAGGGUCACCUUCAUUCAUAAAUGGAAACCUACAAUCAUGCGAAGCAAAUAGACUGCUCUUUGCUCCAAGGCUUGUAAGCCAAAGGAAAAGACACAAGACAGCUUUAUUUGAUGAGCUCCCAGCAAGCCUGCCUAAGGCUAAUAGGAUCUCAAAUAAGGUGCUGACUGAAAAAGACAGUAUUUUAUGGUCACCAGCUGGCAAAGAAGUGGAGAGGAUGUUGAGACUUGCGCCACACAACACAAGACAGCAGAUCAAAUAUCCCUGUAGAGGCCAACCUGUUGUGGUGCUUAAUCAUCCUGAUGCUGACAUUCCGGAAGUGAUGAACAUAAUGAAGGCAGUCAACAGGUACAAAGGUGCUGUCACAAAAGUUGCUCUAAGUCAAAAGACAGUUCAAGCCCUUGCUGAGUUUAGUGGUCUUGUGAACAAUUCCUCUGCAUCUUCAAGUGAAGGUGUUUUAAGACCUAGACAUGUUCUGAGUUCUGUUCGAGAAAGAUUUCUCCUGAAAUUAAAACUAAGAAAGAAAAACAAAAAAAAAUAUGAAGUAGUUAAAACUUUAUCUGCGUGUGGACAAGCCUCAAUGGUGUUUGACUGCUGGUUUUGUGGUCGGCUUUUCAACAACCAAGAAGAUUGGAUUGGCCACGGCCAAAGACAUCUCAUGGAGGCAACAAGAGACUGGAAUAAGCUCUUCUGAAAGUUUUACACCAUUUUGAAAUGGCUAAAUGGUUUUUUUUCUGAAAGAAAACAUUUUGAUGUAAUGUAAAGAUCCUAGAUUCUUUUUUCAUCACUUAAAUACAUGUUGAGUGAAUUACAGUUUUUUUAUGCAUAUCAUGGCAAAUGUAAACAGGAUUUUUGCCGCCCAUGUUAGUUUAACUGUGAAAACUAUUUUGUAAUCAAAGGUGUGGUUGUGGCGUAUUGACUGAAGGGGCCCAAUUAGACCAAAUAACUCAGGUAAUUUUAUAUUCUUCUUACUUUUCAUUUUCUGCAUUGUUUUAAAAAGGAAAGGUGUUGUUAUGUUCUUAUUAAACCAUACUUCCCGGACAUGUUGUACAGCUAACUGUAAAAAAUAUACAACAGUAAAAGUGACUUUACAUGAGCAACAAUGUUACAAUCUGAAAAUGUCUUUGUUUCAGAUGUUGGAACUGGAGUUUCAUUUUAAGAAUCAGCUUGAAUGUUUGUCAUUAUUUUUGAGAGCCAAUGGACCUGCAGAUGUUUUCUGCCACUUGUGCAAAACGAGAAAAAGCAAAAGAGCAUAUUUUGAACAAAGUUGGUUCUCGUCAAAUGCUCACUUCAUAGCCCCGUCUCUUUUCUUGUUAGGCUUCUGUGGUGAUUAGCUUCCAGGUCAUAUUGUAAAUAUGUCUUCCAUUUGUACAGCGAAAUGAUAGCAAUGUUUUAUGUAAAUGAAUAAAAAAGCCGAAACAUACCUAUUUAGCAGUUUGUGCAGAAAGAGCUGCUCUAUUCAAAGCUGUAUUAACAGAUUUGACUGGAACUAAUUAAGUGAUUUGUGAAGCUAAAAGGCCCUCAGAAAAUUCUCAGUCUGUAGUGUUCCAGUCAUUCAAGCAGGUUCAAUGGACAUGGCAAAAGGCUGAAGUAUAGCUAGUCCUUGUUUCCCCAAAUCUAAAAACAAUACCAGGAAUCACAUUUCUAGCCCAUUGCUGUGGUUCUGCUGUUGGCUUCAAUUUAUAUGGAAAAGUUCAUUUUAUGUAUAGGGGCGUUGGCUGGAUCAACGCAUUGUUUAUAGAAGUACAACUGCAGUAAUUAUUUCACAUUGUUUUUAAAAUGAGCAAGAGUGUAUAAAAAUCGAAUGAACCCACUCAUGUUUAUAUUUUUUAAAUGGAGUUCCUUCAACAAUGCCUGAAAAGACAUUUUUGUAUGUUUCAACUGUUCAUACUGUAAUCCUGGUAACAGCUGGUAUUGGUAGAUUGUGUGUGUGUGUGUGUGUGUGCAUGCGCGCGCAAUGAGGACUUGGACUUUACCUAAAUGUACUGUAUAUCUGCACAUUGUCAUUAUGUCUCUUCUGCUUUAAACCCAUUUUAUGUUACAUUUCACAAUUUUCCUACCUCCAGGACUUUAGAAUUUCUGGAUUCUUUGAGUUGAAAUGAUUGUACGACAUGAUGGGUGGUCCAUAAAAUGUUUUCUUCCCUUUUAGUAUGCAAGCCAUGCCACUGUUUUGUAUUUACGUAAUUGUUCCACAGAAAGAAGAAAGAAACCCAUGUGCUGAACAGAUAUUUUGGGAAAGUUUUAUGUUUUGUUUUGUUUUUCAUUGUCAUUAUUGGUUUAAGAUCCUGCUAAACUGCGAUAUAUCAUUGGUAAUUAAUAUUUACAUUUUGGUAUUUUGAAUUGGUCAUGUUUAAGAUUUUUGUGAAAUUUGUAUUUUUUAAUUCAAGGGCUGCAAUAGAAAAUGUUGCAUAUGAGAAUAUAACAGAAUUUGAACAAAAGAUAGUUGGAUUUUUUUUUUGAUUAGUCUUCAUUAGAGAUUUGAUUAAGUGUUUGAUCCAUAUUUAAAUCAGUAACUGAAUAAUAUGUUGCUUCAGUUGUUGUCCAUCUACAUCUGCAAUCUUUUGUAUAGAUUUGAAGACACUUGUAACAGUCGGAUGGAUGGAAUCCCCAAAUUACCUUCUCAUAUGACUUUGCUUUGUUCUUGUCUGAUUCACAAAUGUCCUAUUUCUUCUUCUUGAUGGCUCCUGGGCCAAAAAAAUUUAUUUUUCAACAAAUAAAAAGCAUAAGUAUAUAUUGUUAA